AAUAUUCCAUUUCGUGCUAUAAUUUUAACGAAAUCAGUUGCUACAAUGAAAAAAAUACAUUUUUUUACAAUAUUGUUAGUGGCGACAGUAGUUAUAGCAGAAAAAAAGUCCUACGAUGGAUACAAAUUGUAUAAAGUUACACCAAAAACGGAGAAGAUAGUGAAUAUUUUAGAACAAAUAAGAGAUGCUGGUAUUGCAGAGUUCUGGAGUGAUUUUAUAAAUGUGGAUAGUGACAUCAGAAUAUUAGUUGAUCCAGAAAAGCAAGCAGUGUUUCGAGGAAGGUUAAUUCAAGCCGGUGUGGAGGUCAAAACCAUUAUUGAAAAUGUCCAACAAGUCAUUAACAACCAACUGAACCCAAUAGAAGUAGAUCCAUCCAGAAGCAGCAGUUUUCUUUCCUACGACUGGAAUGCCUACCACAACUUGACUGACAUUGAAAGGUGGCUUGAUGAAGUGGCCACAACAAACUCUUCUGUCGUCACUAGAGUUACCAUCGGGCAGUCAACUGAGAACAGGCCUAUUAGAGGAAUCAUAAUCAACAUCAACCGGAAUAGAAGGAAGCCUGUUGGCAUCAUUGAAGGUACUCUCCAUGCUAGGGAGUGGAUUUCAGCAGCCACGGUCACUUGGAUCAUCAAAGAGUUUUUGACGAGCUCUGAUCCAGACGUCAGGAGAAUGGCAGAGGAAACUGAGUGGCACAUAUUUCCAGUGGUAAAUCCUGAUGGAUAUGUUUACUCUUUUACUGAAAACCGAAUGUGGAGGAAGAACAGAAACCCAGCAUACUUCACAUCUUGCCUGGCUGCCGGUGUUCCUGAUGAUAUGAGUCGUGGAGUGGACCUGAACAGAAAUUUCAAUUUCUUCUGGAUGUCCACUGGAGCAUCAAGCAACCCUUGCACAAACAAUUUCGCCGGUCCAUCAGCAGAGUCAGAACUAGAAACAAGAGCCAUCGCGCAAUACGUGUUGGGUCUAAGACAGAAUGCGGACAUAGUGUACUAUCUGUCUUUCCACUCGUAUCUCCAGUGGAUAAUGUUGCCGUACAGCCAUGUGAAUGUGCCAUCAGUUAACAAUCAUAAUCAUUUGAUGGAAAUAGCAACAAACAGCUCUGUGAAGAUUUCAGAGAGAUAUGGAACUCGAUACGAAGUUGGAAUAUUAAAUCAACUCAUGUUUCCAGCCACAAUAAGUGGUUCAAGCUUCGACUGGGCCAAAUUCCACGCGAAUGCUUCUAUUAGCUAUUUAUUUGAACUACGAGACCUCGGAGAAUUCGGUUUCCUCGUGCCACCUCAGCAGAUCAUACCCAACAAUUUAGGAAUUAUGGACGGCUUGGUAGAAAUGGACAAGGCAACAAAACGUUUGGGAUACUUUUCUGACGCUUCUAAGGUUGUUUACUCUUUGACGCUAGUUAGCUUAGCAGUGAUUUUCGGGAGUUUGGUAAACUAAUGUAGGUGUAUUAAAGGGGAAUUGUGAUCAGAAAUAAAGGAAAAUACAUAAACG